CUAAACCCCUUCUCUCUUUUCCUCACCUUCCCUCAAUCAUAAUCUCUUCUCACUACCAAGAAUACCUGUGAGGAUCUGAGCAGAAGCAUUGGCCAGAGGUGGUCAGCUUUUUCCUUCUCCGCAUGACUGGUAGGGGCAGAGACCCCAGAUGGGGUCGUCUUUGGCCACAAAUGGCCAUGGCAUUGGCCAUUGCUUUGAUUUCUACUACUGUGGUUUCCGUUGCUGCUGAUGGUUACCCUUACUACUCUCCACCACCACCAUCUUAUGAGUACAAGUCCCCUCCUCCACCUUCACCAUCACCUCCACCUCCUUAUGAGUACAAGUCUCCACCACCUCCACCAUAUGAGCACAAGGCUCCUCCUUAUGAGUACAAGUCACCCCCUCCACCUUCACCAUCACCUCCACCUCCUUAUGAGUACAAGUCUCCACCACCUCCACCUCCUUCUCCACCAUAUGAGCACAAGGCGCCACCUUAUGAGUACAAGUCACCCCCUCCACCAUCCCCUUCACCUCCACCUCCUUAUGUGUACAAGUCUCCACCGCCUCCACCACCUUAUGAGCACAAGGCUCCACCAUACUAUUACAAGUCUCCUCCACCACCCUCUCCCUCGCCUCCUCCUCCAUACUACUACAAGUCACCACCUCCACCACCACCAUAUGAGCACAAGGCUCCACCAUACUAUUACAAGUCUCCUCCCCCACCCUCUCCCUCACCUCCUCCUCCCUACUAUUACAAGUCCCCACCACCACCUUCACCGUCUCCUCCACCACCUUACUAUUACAAGUCUCCACCCCCACCGGAAAAGUCUCCAUCCCCAACUCCCUAUUACUAUAAAUCUCCUCCACCACCAUCCCCAACUCCAUACUACUACAAGUCUCCUCCUCCCCCAUCACCAACUCCUUACUAUUACAAGUCUCCUCCUCCCCCUUCACCAACUCCUUACUACUAUAAGUCUCCACCACCACCAUCCCCAACUCCAUACUACUACAAGUCUCCACCUCCACCACCACCCUAUUACUAUAAGUCUCCUCCUCCCCCAUCACCCACUCCUUACUAUUACAAGUCUCCUCCUCCCCCUUCACCAACUCCUUACUACUAUAAGUCUCCUCCACCACCAUCCCCAACUCCAUACUAUUAUAAUUCUCCUCCUCCACCAGUUGUGUAUCCCCCACACCCCUACCCACAUCCUUACUACCAUGCAUUGAUUGUGAAGGUAGUGGGUAAAGUCUAUAGCUUCAAGUGCUACGAUUGGGAGUAUCCUGAAAAGUCUCAUAACAAGAAACACCUCAAAGGUGCUACUGUGGAGGUCAAAUGCAAAGCAGGGAGAAAAAUCAUCAAGGCUUACGGUGAAACAAAGAGCAAUGGAAAGUACAGCAUAACAGUAAAGGACUUCGACUAUGUGAAAUAUGGACCUACAGUGUGCAAGGCCAGACUUUAUGCUCCACCUAAGGACUCACCCUUCAACAUUCCUACCAAGCUAAAUGAAGGAACCGACUUGAAGGUAAAAUCCAAGGACAAGUAUGAAGUUGUGCUGAAGGCUAAGCCAUUUGCCUAUGCUUCAAAGAAGCAUUUUGAAGAAUGCGAAAAGCCAAAGCCUUCACCAACUCCUUACUACUACACGUCCCCUCCUCCUCCAACUCCAGUUUACAUAUACAAGUCACCACCUCCACCAUCACCUACUUAUGUAUAUAAAUCACCCCCUCCACCUGUCCAUCAUUAUUCUCCUCCCUACUACUACAACUCUCCUCCUCCUCCAGUAAAGUCGCCUCCCUAUUAUUACCAAUCUCCACCUCCACCCACUUCAAAACCUAAGCCCCCAUACUACUACCAAUCUCCACCGCCACCAUCCCCAAAACCACACCCUCCAUACUACUACCAAUCUCCACCUCCACCCACUUCAAAACCACACCCUCCAUACUACUACCAAUCUCCACCGCCACCAUCCCCAAAACCACACCCUCCAUACUACUACCAAUCUCCACCGCCACCAUCCCCAAAACCACACCCUCCAUACUACUACCAAUCUCCACCCCCACCAUCCCCAAAACCACACCCUCCUUACUACUACCAGUCUCCACCUCCACCAUCACCAAAACCAAAGCCCCCAUACUACUACCAGUCUCCACCACCACCAUCCCCGGUUCCCAAGCCUCCAUAUUACUACCAAUCUCCACCUCCACCAUCACCAAAACCUAACCCUCCUUACUAUUAUCAGUCUCCACCUCCACCAUCCCCAAAACCUAAGCCUCCAUACUACUACCAAUCUCCACCUCCACCAACACCAGUACACAAGCCUCCAUACUACUACCAAUCUCCACCUCCACCGUCACCAGUUCCCAAGCCCCCAUACUACUACCAAUCUCCACCUCCACCAUCCCCAAAACCACACCCCCCGUACUACUACCAAUCUCCACCUCCACCAUCACCAAAACCAAAUCCCCCCUACUACUAUCAAUCUCCACCCCCCCCAUCACCGGUACCUAAGCCACCUUACUACUACCAAUCUCCACCUCCACCAUCACCAGUAUACAAGCCCCCAUACUAUUACCAAUCUCCACCUCCACCAUCACCAGUUCCCAAGCCCCCAUACUACUAUCAAUCUCCACCUCCACCAUCACCGAAACCUAAACCUCCAUACUACUACCAAUCCCCACCUCCACCAUCACCCUCUCCUCCUCCUCCAUACUACUAUAAAUCUCCCCCACCACCGUCACCAUCCCCACCUCCACCAUACUAUUACCAAUCUCCUCCUCCACCUAAAGAAUUGCCACACCCCCCAUACUACUACAAGUCUCCACCCCCACCCUCACCUUCUCCUCCUCCCCCAUACUACUAUAAGUCACCACCUCCACCAUCACCAUCCCCUCCCCCGCCAUACUAUUAUAAGUCUCCCCCACCACCUUCACCAUCCCCACCUCCACCCUACUAUUAUCAAUCUCCACCUCCACCUAAAGAGUUACCACACCCUCCCUACUACUACCAUUCUCCACCUCCACCAUCUCCAUCGCCGCCACCUCCAUACUAUUACAAAUCUCCCCCACCUCCAUCUCCAUCUCCACCACCUCCUUAUUACUAUCAAAGUCCUCCUCCACCUUCUCCCACUCCUCAUCCUCCCUACUACUACAAAUCCCCUCCACCACCAACGUCGUCUCCUCCACCUCCCUACCUCUAUGUGAGUCCUCCACCACCUUCUCCAUCUCCCCCACCACCAUACCACUACACAUCACCACCUCCUCCCUCCCCAGCUCCGGCUCCCACGUACAUUUACAAAUCUCCUCCCCCACCAGUAAAAUCACCUCCACCACCAUACCAUUACACAUCACCACCUCCUCCCUCCCCAGCUCCCGCUCCCACAUACAUUUACAAAUCACCUCCCCCACCAGUAAAAUCACCUCCACCACCAGUUUACAUCUAUGCUUCCCCACCUCCACCGAUCUACAAGUAAGCUCGGAAUGUAAAAGUGCCAUUCGUGAUAAACCAUGUUUUAGUUUUCAUCGAGAAAUAAAGGCAAGCUCCAUUUGGAGCCAAGUGAAACAUCUAGCUUCCUGUCCAAGUUCUUUGAAUAAAAGUCUGAAUGUGUCAUCUCUGAGCUACUAUGUUUGUGAUUCAGACAAGAUUGAUUCUAUUUCGUUGAUGGCCAUCUUGCACGUCCUCAUCUUAUUGUGUUCAAAUGACGGACAAAUCAAAGCGGGGAAGCGAGAUUCUAAAUGUAAAUGCCAAGUGAAAGUGAAAAGUACAGUCCGCCUUUAGUGAUCUGUUAAAUUUAUUUGUUCAUAGAUUAAUAUGGCCGUGUAUGAUUGCUUCUCUAUUUAUUGUGGCAUUUUUGUAUUGUACCCUGUUGUUGUGUUUGCAAUAAGAUUAAUAGUAAUAAAGAAGCACAUUCAAUAUCUGUCCACA